AGAAUGCCGUCCGUCGUAGCGUAGUGUCUCCGACUGCAUCCGUACACGAUCCGAACGUUCCUCCGUCCCAAACCGAGCUUCUCUUCAAACCCCCCCUCUCCCUUUCUCGACGUUCUGAGGAAUCCCCGUCUCCGCCCCUCGCUCCUCCACCGCGCGCCGUCGGUGUCCAUCUCCUCCAGCGACGCUCCGCCUUCCGCCACUCCCCGUGGAGUUUAGCCGUCUUCUCGUCCAAUCUUCUCGUAGUUCGAGAUUUCCGCGAGCGAUCGGGAUCUGGAGUUGCUCGAGUCGUCCGAUCUUCGCCGUGUCUAAGUGAUAUUGUCGGAGAGGUUAGAAACAGUCGGAGUAGGAGUGGAGAAUCAAGGGGGAAUCAAGGGUAAGGGUGAUUUAUUCAGAUCAGUUCUUGAUUGCUAAAAGGAUGAAUUUCAUUGUUGGAGCAUUCAAGCCACCAUGUAACAUCACAAUCACCUUUUCUGAUGGGAAGACUAGAAAACAGGCUUCAAUAAAGAAGGAUAAUGGUAAGACCGCUAUGGUCCCACUUUUCCAAAGUCAAGAAACCAUAUCUGGGGAGGUGAUUAUCGAUCCUAUUCAAGGAAAGAAGGUCGAACACAAUGGUAUCAAAGUUGAGCUCCUUGGUCGGAUAGAGCUGUAUUUUGACAGAGGCAAUUUUUAUGACUUCACUUCCCUUGUGCGUGAAUUAGAUGUUCCUGGUGAAAUAUAUGAAAGGAAAACAUACCCAUUCGAAUUUUCUACUGUUGAAAUGCCGUAUGAGUCAUAUAAUGGGAUAAAUGUCAGAUUGAGGUAUAUCUUGAAAGUAACAGUCAGUCGUAAUUAUGUCAGCAAUAUUGUGGAAUACCAGGAGUUCUGUGUUCACAAUUAUACUCCUCUUCCAACAAUAAACAACAGCAUCAAGAUGGAAGUUGGAAUUGAAGAUUGUUUGCACAUUGAAUUUGAAUACAACAAAAGCAAGUAUCAUCUGAAGGAUGUUAUCAUUGGCAAAAUAUACUUUCUUCUAGUAAGAAUUAAAAUAAAAAAUAUGGAGCUCGAGAUUAGACGACGUGAAUCCACUGGAUCAGGGCCUAAUACAUAUGUUGAGACUGAGACCCUUGCAAAAUUUGAGUUGAUGGAUGGUGCUCCUGUAAGAGGGGAAUCGAUUCCGAUUAGAUUAUUCCUGAGUCCAUAUGAGUUGACGCCAACUUAUCGCAACAUUAACAACAAAUUCAGUGUGAAGUAUUUCCUAAAUUUAGUUCUUGUGGAUGAGGAGGAUCGGCGGUACUUCAAGCAGCAAGAAAUCACAGUAUACCGCCUUCAAGAAACUUCUUGACCUUCCCUUCGGAGAACCCACCGAAGCCUGAUUGGACUCCUCAUGGGCCUCAGCUUUGACUGUGUAGAUGCACAGCAAUCUGGAGGCUUGUGUGUGUUAAUUGUGUAUAUAUCAGCCAGUUGGUCUUUGUUUCCGUUAAGUUAUGGAUUUUCCCACAAAACGCAAUCUUUCUUUUUCAGCCUGUUGUUUGUUUCUGGAGUUGAAAUUACCAUAUCUUUGGUCAUUGAGAUUCUUACUUGACUUGCUGAC